GAUGGAGAAACUGAGGCUUGGAGCUUCUGACUAACUUCGCAAGGCCACACGGAGCCAUACAGAUUGUACAAACCCGGACCCUAAUUUCUGAGUGAAGCACUGGAACAACUGAAGCAUAUCCUCAUCCUCCACUUGACAAGGUCAUGGAAGAUCUAGAGGAAACAUUAUUUGAAGAAUUCGAGAACUAUUCCUUUAACCUGGAAUAUUACUCCUCAGAGUCCGAUUUGGAGGAGAAAGCCCACCUGGGAGUUGCUCAUUGGGUCUCGCUGGUAUUAUACUGUUUAGCAUUUAUUCUGGGCAUUCCAGGAAAUGCCAUUGUCAUUUGGUUCACAGGGUUCAAGUGGAAGAAGACAGUCACCACUCUCUGGUUCCUCAACCUGGCUAUCGCAGAUUUCAUUUUUCUUCUCUUCCUACCUCUGUACAUCUCCUAUGUGGUCAUGAAUUUCCACUGGCCCUUCGGCAUCUGGUUGUGCAAGGCCAAUUCCUUCAUUGCCCAGCUGAACAUGUUUGCUAGUGUUUUUUUCCUGACGGUGAUCAGCAUGGACCGCUACAUCCACUUGAUCCAUCCCGUCGUAUCUCAUCGGCACCGAACCCUAAGGAACUCCCUGAUUGUUGUUGUUUCCAUUUGGUUUUUGGCUUCUCUAAUGGGUGGUCCUGCCCUCUACUUCCGGGACACUCUGGAGUUCAAUAACCACACUCUUUGCUAUAACAAUUUCCAUGAGCAUGAUCCUGACCUUACUUUGAUGAGGCACCAUGUUCUGACCUGGGUGAAAUUUAUUGUCGGGUACCUCUUCCCCUUGCUAGCAAUGAGCAUUUGCUACUUGUGUCUCAUCUUCAAGGUGAAGAAGCGAAGCAUCCUGGUCUCCAGUAAGCAUUUCUGGACCAUCCUAGCUGUGGUCCUGGCCUUUUUGAUUUGCUGGACUCCUUAUCACCUGUUUAACAUUUGGGAGCUCACAAUCCACCACAGUAGCUAUUUCCACCAGGUGCUUCAGGCCGGCAUCCCCCUCUCCACUGGCCUAGCAUUCCUCAACAGCUGCUUGAACCCUAUCCUUUACGUCCUCAUUAGUAAGAAGUUCCAAACUCGCUUUCGGGCCUCAGUUGCUGAGAUCCUAAAGCACACGCUGUGGGAGGUCAGCUGUUCCAGCACAGUGAGCGAACAGCUCAGGAACUCUGAGACCAAGAACUUGUGUCUGCUGGAAACAGUUCAGUGAGUUAUCCAUAGAAGGCUUUUGCAGGGGGUAAGGGGCCCGACACACGCUUUCAGAUUAUUUGGUUCCCAGGUAUGGUAAUAACCAUCUUUUUUUGUUAAGCGGUUUGGUGGUUUUACAUUCUUGUGUGGGUCUGAAAUGUAGGAAAGAUCUUCAUUUUUUUCCCCUGCAAAUUAAAUUAUCUGUCAUUCUUGCUAAUUAUACUGCAGUGGAUUAGUCACCACUGUUGAUGCAAUAUCAGCUAUUAUUUUUUUAAUCUUCAUGACUCUGAAGUCCUAGAUCUUAAUGUUAAAUAGAUGAUUAAUUCAUUUCAGAAAUGUUAACAUAUGUGCUUAAGUUCACUUUUAUUUUGCACCAGUAACCUAUUAGACAUAUUUUUGAAGUGCGACAUGUACUUAAUUUCUUUAUUUCAUGAAAUCUAUGUACAUACAUUUAUAAAUUAAAGUAAUAAUUGAUUACAGUAGUUUAAAACAUUGUAAACUCUUCAUGCUUAGUGAAGUGUCCCAAAAUCUAGUCGCUUAAAAUGACAAUUUAUUGUCCCAACAUCUCACAGUUCUGAGUCAGAAACUCAAGGCACAGAAGGGAGGUUCAUCUCUGUCAGCCUCACAGGUAUGCAGCAUGGGCUCGAUUGGGAUGUCCCAAAUGGCCGAGUUUUGGAACAGCUGGUCUCCUUUGCCCUACUGUCCCUUCUUUUCUUUUUCUUCACACAACUCUUCCAGUAUGGUAGCUCAGGGUAGCCAGACUUCUUACAUGGCAAGUUAGGGCUCUAAGAGACCAAAGUGGGCAUUUCUAGCCCUCUUAAAGCCUACGCCCACCCCUGACACGGUAUCACAUCACUGUACUCUUUGGUCAAAGUAGUCCUGGUCCAGCUCAGGGUCAAGGGGAGGCCACAUAAACCCCACCUGCCAAUGGGGAUAUGCUCCUAUCCCUAAUCCCUCAUGAAAUCAUUAUAAAUAUCAAGAUUCUUGGAAAAUUCUGGGUAUGUGCAAGUAUGUAUAAGAUGGCUAUAAACAUAAAACUCUGGCAUCUAGAUGGUGGAUAGGCCAGCCCAAUCUCAGAAUGUUUUCAGAAAAAGAAAGCACAUAUGACAUUGAUAUAUUUCUACCUUCUAUUCCUCUAACUGUGUACAUGUAGACACCAGUACAAGAACAAUAAAGUAUGCCUUUAAGUCAGUAACCUCUUCAAUUUUAAAAAACAUUUAAUUUUCUGUAAUUUCUUAAUCUUAUUUUGAAAGUUGG